AUGGUGCUAUACAAUGGAGCUAACGACGAAGAGAGGGCGUGGGGCCUGAAGACCCUCUUCCAGAGCCUCGCCAAGCUGAACAAGAGCAACGUUGCCAAGGUGAACGACUUCGCCAAGGCGGACCUCGACCGCAUGUUGACAGACGUCGCGUUCAAGCGCGAGAUGUUCGAGAGGUGGAACCAGUACAGCACCGAGAAGAUCCUCGCGGCGCUGGACCUGAGCAAGAGGAGAAACAUUCGGUACGGAGCCAUGCUGCAGGAGUUCUUGAACACGUACAGACUAAGGGAGGGGGCAACCGCUCUUCGCAACGUUAACUAA